AUGUACUCAAAUCCUGAACUUCUUCUCGUUUCAUCUCUAUUCAAAAUGUCCGGAAAGCUAGUUCCCCUCACCGUCAUCAAGGGCGCAGGCCACGAGUUCAUUCCUCUCCCGCAAGGCGAGAAUGCGACAGUAGCAGAUUUUCACUCUAUCCAAACACAAACCACAGACGCAAAGACGUACUUGACAUCUGGAUUCUACAAGAUUGAAGCUGGCCCAGCGAAGCCACUGGAGUACACUUGUGAGGAGACCAAGUACGUCAUUAGCGGACAAAUUGACGUCCUCGAUGAGGCGACUGGUAUCACGCAUCACCUUGUCGCCGGAGACUUUGCAUUUUUCUACGUCGGUUCAAAAGUACAAUUUUCGACACAGUCAAGUGGCAUGGCAUUUUAUGCGGUGACGAGGCCGGUCAAGGCGGCGCAUCCUAAUUUGAAGGGAAGAGAAGAGGAUGCGAGGGCUAAGGCUCGGUUGUGAGGAUGUUAGGAUGUGAUGAUAUUUCAUAAGAGUUGCACAUAAGAGCUAUCUUUUGAGAUUACAACAAAUCAGUCAACUCGAAAAAGGAAGAUCCGUUCUUUUUUAUA